CCAAGAAUGCAUUUUUUGAUGAGAAAUGCAGCAAGAUUAAUGGGAGAUGCAUGAAGUCUUGUCAAAAAAAUGAAGAACUCGUUGCUCUCUGCCAGAGGGCUCUGAAAUGCUGUGUGACACUCCAGCCGUGUGAAAGGGAUAGAGACAGCCACCUAGUAGAAAACGCAAGCUAUACAGAAAGUCAAGGAUGA